CUUUGCCCUUGUCUCGUACCUGUAGCAAUCAACUUCACCACACCCCGUUGACACCUGGCUUAAGUUAGAGUGAGGUGGCAAUCCGAUAUCGACGUCGUACUCUCACCCGCCCACGAAGACGAACACAAUAUUCGAUCUACACCUUCGCCUUAACCCGUGCAUCUUCCGCAUCGGAAAAGACUCGUCCUCGCAUGUCGCGAGACCACGCGCCGACAAGAUGAUGCUCAUCGGGAACCUCAUUUACGUGACGGUCCUCCUCAUCAACGCCCUCGCUAUCUUAUCCGAGGAUCGCUUCCUAGCACGCAUCAACUUUUCCUCCGCCACUUACGACCCAGCCUUCGGCGCCGGUCCCGAUAACCAGAGCAUAAGGGUGAAGGCCAUCAAUCUGUUAGCGAGUGUACGGACGCUUAUGAGGAGUACGUUGCGCUCUCUUUCUCUCUGCCUUGCCCACCUCCUGCUCCCCGCCUCCCCCUUCCUUUUCUUAAAUUGGAGUAGGGAAAAUAGGCCGAGGAGCGGCUUUCCAUCUCAACAUAGAAUCUAUUCCAUAAACGGGGGUGAGAUCAGAGCUGUCUGUAAUCUCAAGAUCGAAAAAUGCGCUUAUUAACAUAUUCUACCCUCUAGUCCCGCUAAUAUUAUGCAACACGUUAAUAAUUAUCUACGAACUGGUUCUCGGAUAAAAUCAACCAUCAUGAACGAUUGACUACAUACAUGCCUUUUUUCA